GCAGAUCUUCCGCGUCCAGUUUCAUUGCACGAAGGCGAACACCAAGGAGGUUCUCGAGACGUCAUUGCAUUUCCCCCUCUAUAGCUAUUUUCAACCUUUCAGCGCUGAUACUCUGUAUAAUACAGAUUUAGUCGUAAGUGUUGGUGCGAUACGUUCCAAGUCGAGGACAACUGCCACGCAGACCACCUCCCUUGGACGUUCACGGCCUCUGACUAGCCCAAAAAGGUAGCAAAAAUAAUCCACCCUUGUGUAUUUACAUUUGCAAACAUGGGAGAGCUACCCCGGGCCGCCCCUAAGACCCCCAUCACCUAUCGCUACUACCAAACGGGGGAAUGCGCCGUGUCCUCCAAAACAUGCCCUCGCUCAACAGGCUGCCGCACAGCGCCCAUUCUUACCCCAAUUUAACACGAAUCCUGCUAUGAAGCUGACAGACAGUCUCAUAUUUGUCCCAUCUGUGCGUUGGAAACUGCGACGAACCGCCUCCCGACUAGGCACCGCUACCAGCCUGGUACGUGUAUGCAGCGCACGGUCAUCAUGAAACGCGCCUCAUUGCUAUUUGGCACUGAGGGCAGGUAAUGCAGCCACGAUGCGUCCGAACUGCUGCUGCUCUUGUCAUUGGUCAAUGGGAAAAUGUUAAUCAAACCAGGCUAUGGAAACUCGUCGUGUGGCGGCUUCGCUUCAACGCUGUAUGGGACGGGCCUGCGACAUCCUCCCCCUCUCCCGAAACUGGUGAUGAAAGGGUCAAGAAACUUUGCAGUUUCCAAGCGUACUGCUCCUGCAGCUACCGCUGCUGCUGUAAGAUGAUUCCAAGUUCCAAGAGGCAACGGUACCAUGUCCAGGAUUCUAUAAAGAUGGCCAGCAUUACCAUCUCAUCAUCUCUUUUCCUCCUCAUCAUCACAAACAACUUUCCUUCUCUCCCUCUUCUCUCUUUCAGAACAGAAAUCUUGGCAGCACUCUGGUAGUGUCUACAUUCAUUCACUUUUACAACAAACAACUAUACAACACACUCGACUGUUUUCGACAAAUCAAUAUCAGUCUUUUCUUUCAUCUUUCAACCCACAGUCUUUCAACGACACUACCAAUCACAUUCAUUCAUUCAUUCAUUCAUUCAUUCACAAUGCACGCCAAGAUUGUUCUCAUUACUGCCCUCGCCGGCAUGGCUUCUAUUGCUACCGCUGCUCCUGCUAUCGACGUUCGCGAUGUUACUCCCGACCCCGCGGGUGCUAAGAACAAGGGUAACGGAGCCGGCAAGCAAUUCAUUACCGGUGCCUGCGAAAGCGAUGCCGACUGCGCUUCCAACUGCUGCGCUGCUCAGUCCAGUGGCGCCCAGGCUACUUGCUCCGGACCCGGUGCUGCUUUCCAGAACGGAAAGAUGGGCUGUGGAAGCGCCGGUAAGGGCAAGGCUUCUGCCCCUGCUGCUCCUCCUGUUUCCGCUCCUGCUACUGGAGGUGGUGCUCCCGCUGGCGGCGUCACCCCCGACCCUGCAGGUGCUAAGAACAAGGGCAACGGAGCCGGUAAGCAAUUCAUCAGCGGCGCCUGUGACAGCGAUGCCGAUUGCGCUUCCAAGUGCUGUGCCGGCCAGUCCAACGGUGGCCAGCCGGUCUGCUCUGGCCCUGGAGCUGCUUUCCAGAACGGAAAGAUGGGAUGCGGCUCCGCCGGUAAGGCGGGUGGCUCUUCUGCUCCCGCUGCCCCUCCCGUUAUGGUUGCUCCAGGCUCUGCUCCAGUGACCCCCCCUGUUUCUGCCCCUGCCGGCGGUAGUUCUUCUUCUGGCGGUGGUGUCCAGGCCAAGGAUGUCUAUGUCGUCUACAACGGUGAUGGCUCCGAGCAGGCUGGCUGGCCCGGAGAGUCCAAGUGGGCUACCUUCGACUCCCUCUGGAACAUUAACCUUCCUUUCAUUCAAAAGGCUUGCACCAACAACGCCCAAAAGGGCGCUGAUAACAGCGCGGCCGAAACCGACGCCAUCAAGAGUGCCCUUCAGAGUGUUGCCAAAGAGGUUGGUCUCGACCCCCGCAUUGGACUUGCCAUCAUGAUGCAAGAGUCCAAGGGAUGUGUCCGCAUCCAUGCCACUCUGAGCCCUCCCCCCGACUUGAUUCCCAACCCUGGUCUGAUGCAGUCUCACGACGGCGCUACCUGCGAAGGCGUUAGCCCAUGCCCUCCGGCUACCAUUGCACAGAUGAUCAAGGAUGGACUUGGUGGUACCCCCAAGGGUGACGGCAUGGUCCAGACCAUCGCCCAGGCUAAGAAGGAGCUCGGUGCUAGCGGUGCCCAAGCUGUCUAUGGUGGUGCUCGUGUGUACAACAGUGGCAGAGUCCAAAAGGGCGACCUCAACAACGGCUUCACUGCUACUCAUUGUUACGCCAUGGAUGUUGCUAACCGCCUGACUGGCUGGAUCGCUUCUGAGACCAAGUGCAAGAACACCUAAGCAAUGGACUAGUGAAUUAACUGUGGCGUUUUGACUGGGGUUUUCUUUUUUGGAUUUUACUUUUGAGAAUUAGCAUAGCGAGCGAGUACAAGGACAGGCUGGGCCGCCCUACUAUCAUGAUUUGGGCUAUUUACACGAGCCAGAUAGAAUAAUAUCAACGCCUUUCAAAAUUGGCUUACCAAAGUUUGGAGUUUCUUUAUCCUUUUUAGUUAUACCUGAAAAAUAGAAGUCUGAACAUUGACACCCGC